UAGCGCUUCCAGGCUGCUGUGUCUCCUCAUUUUCCCAGCCUCCUCUUUCCUCGGUGGAACUCGUGUCUCCCGGAAGGAUCAGCUGGUCCCUGCGGCUUUCCUGCCUCCUGUGACAUUUUGUUCGGGUGUAGCUGCAGCUGAGGCCUUCCUGGCACCGGCAAGAUCGGAGUGAUCACCCCGUAGAUCUGCAGCGACUGCCACCUGCAUGUCUCUGCCUGCUGAUGGAAGUCAGGAAGAUUUUUCGUUUAUUUGCAAAUGCCAUCUUCCUGAUUUCUGUGUCAUGACAAUCUACAGUUCCCUUUCCAUCGAGCUGAUCCAUUCUUUAUAUGUAUAUGUGCCUGUGAUUUUGUUUUCCCACAUUUUUAUGAAAUGUUGUCUUACCUGUUUUUGGAAUUACUCUGUAAUCACCUUGAUUUUAGAUUCCUCCCCUUCACACUUUCUGUAUGCUUACUGAAAUCACAUCAAGAGAUUACAUAUGUAAAAAACCUUAUUUAACUUAUUUAACUUCAUCAAUUGCUUUCCUUUCUCUUCAUUACUCUUAUAAAAAAAAAAUUGUAUGCAAUUUUUCUCCCCAUAAAUUGCCACUGACUGCUUUUUAAUCAUCUGAAUGAUGCUAUGUGAGGGCUUGUAGAUUUUGUCGGUUGUGCUUUGCUGUGGUUUCUUUCCUGGUAUUAUAGAUGAGGGAGGAGGGUACUCAAUUCCCUGGAUCCUGCAUCUUGCCUUUCAGACGUUAAUUUUAAAUUGUCCUUGUCCAGUCUUUUGGGACCCCCCCUUACCAUGCAGGAACUAGCAAAGAUAACUGUCCAGAGUAGCUUUGGGAUCUUCAUUCUCUGAGUUUUUAAAAAUGCUCUUGGAUAUAGCUCUUGGCCACGUGGAGGGUCCCAACAACUGCCCCUGCUGUGAGCAAGAUGUUGGUCCUCUCCCACCUUAGUCACUUAGUACAUAGCUUCUCUGAACCCUCCUUAUUUUCUGCUUUAUUAGGCCUCUGUAGCAAUGGGGGAAAAGAAAAUUUAUGCUGUUCCAUGCUGCCUUGAAGUGAGCUGUGGGACUGAAAGAGCUUGUCUUCUUUAUGUUCAUUGGGAAAGUAGUGUCCAGUGCCAUGGGCAUCAUACUUUUAGAUCCUUCUAUCAGGUUGGAAAAUAAGCAGAUCUUUUCUGUUGGAUUUAGGAGUGAUGUGGGAACCACCUAUUCUGCGUGAAGGACAAGGAACAGACCACUUGAUAAAGGGAAGAAACAGAACAUCCCAUUAAAUGGAAGCUAUGAAGAUAUCAAAGCGGUUCUUCUGUUUUGGGAUUUUGAUGUGCAUAGCUGUUUAUGUUGCAUACAUAAAAUGGCACUUGGGCUCCAAACCAUUUGUGGGAGCCACAGAAGGAGUUGCUGAAAGCAAGGGAGAUAAACUGACCCAUCAGACAGUGACCAAAGCUCUCUCUGUCUUUUAUGGAAUUAUAUUUGAUGCAGGAAGCACGGGAACUCGCAUCCAUGUAUUUAAAUUUGCACAGCAGCCAAGAGAGACUCCCAGAUUAACCCAUGAGACGUUUAAAGCACUGAAACCAGGUCUGUCAGCAUAUGCUGAUGAUGUCGAAAAGAGUGGCCAGGGAAUAAAAGAGCUCCUGGAGGUGGCAAAGAAGGAAGUUCCUAUGGAGCUAUGGAAGUUUACUCCUUUGGUCCUGAAAGCCACAGCUGGCCUACGGUUGCUGCCAGGAGAGAAAGCUCAGAAGUUGCUGGAAAAGGUGAAGGAGAUUUUUCAGGCCUCCCCCUUCUUUGUGAGGGACAAUUGUGUGUCGAUAAUGAAUGGAACUGAUGAAGGUAUUUCAGCCUGGAUCACAAUAAAUUUUUUAACAGGCAGGCUAAAUGACCCGCAGAAAAGAAGUGUAGGGAUGCUGGAUUUGGGUGGUGGAUCAACACAGAUCACCUUCCUUCCACGCACCAAGACAACUCUCCAAACAUCACCAUCUGGCCACACAACUUCAUUUCAGAUGUUUAACCACACCUACAAGCUGUAUUCAUACAGUUACCUGGGACUUGGGCUGAUGUCAGCAAGGCUUGCCAUUUUGGGAGGAGUUGAGGGAAAAUCCUUAGGAGAAGGGGAGGAAUUGAUCAGCCCUUGUUUAUCACCUGGCUUCAAAUCCAAAUGGCAACACGCUGAGAUAGUGUACAAAAUUAAAGGACAGAAGGCAGGUGAGCCUCUGUAUGAGUCUUGUUCUAAUAAAGUGGCAAAGAUGCUCUACAAAAAAGUGCAUAGAGCUGGUGAAGUGAAGAAUCUGGACUUUUACAUUUUCUCCUACUACUAUGACUGUGCAGCAGAGGCUGGUCUCAUAGUUUGUAAGACCAUGGAAAUCAGCCCUGGAAAUAGCCCUUUUCUCUGCAUGGACCUCACAUACAUCACCUUCCUGCUGCAGGAACUGGGAUUCCCAAAGAGCCAAGGCUUUAAGCUUGCCCGGAAAAUUGACAAUGUUGAAACGAGCUGGGCAUUGGGAGCCGCUUUCCAUUACAUCGACUCACUCAAUAGACUGCAGUACUAAUGCUCCUAGAAUGUGACUUUUUGAAAUUUCCAUUUUUUGGAAGCAUACCCUAUUGAAGAGUGUGUUUUUUGCUCCCAGAGUCCUUUGGAAGAUCACCAUGAACUACACUCCUUUCUUCCCACCCCCUGCCAAGUCCCUACCAUCACUAGCUCUUUUUUAGAGUGCAAAGGAAGCACCUUGAUUUGACAGCAUGUGCCAUCAGCUUAAUGUAAAACUUUAUCAUUUUGGAAGGAAAACCAGGACUCUGCAGGACAUCUAUGAUCUCUAUGAGAAAAACACACCUCUUUUGGAAUGUGCCUGUACUAUGUGCUUGCAGUGUGCUGAAGUUGCUAAACGAUCACUCCAGGAGGAACUCUUCACUGUCCUGAUUUCAGGGUGUUUUUUCCUGUUUGCCAGCAGUUUACAGUGAUGAUUUUUAUUUUACUACUCCAGUGUUCAAAGUAAACUUGCGUGUGUACAAAAAUGGUGCAUUUACGUGUUAUGCUGCUGACAGGGAGCAGCUUUGAAAUGCAGCAUGGAAGUCACAGCUCUGUGUUCCAGUUGCUGAAGGAGAAAAGCUCAGGAAGACUCUAGAACUGGAUACAGGCUUGGAGGCAUGUUUGCCCUUUAGGGUUAAAGUUUAAUGUUGAUUCCCUGGCUGUUGGGAGGUGGAUGGUGGAAGACAUAAUCAGAUUUGCUGGAUGAGCAAGGCCUGGGAGCUGGGUACAAGGAUAAUGAUGGAUUUGACAAUUCUAGAGCUGGUCAGAGGAGGAUAGACGAACAAGAUGCAGCCACAAAAAUUAACCCUGAGCAUGGCUCACUGGAAGUUGCAGACUUCUGUGCCCUGGCAAGGUUGAUGCAGGGCUGGGGAUGAAUACAUUUGCAUGGUAAUUUGGGUGUCUCUUCCUGCAGACACAUCUGUGCUAAAGGAAUGUAUUGUGGUUGCAAUCAACCAGGGCAGGGUAGCUGAGAUGCUCCACUCCAACAGUGCCUGGUAGGUGGGCAGGGAGUGAUCACAGGGGCUGGAGGGGAUAUGCUGUGCUAUUUGUAAUCUGUGGAUUUGUGAUGUAUUUGAUGAAUGUAUAGAGAAGACCCAAGUGGUCUUUUGGAGGUGCAGAAGAGCCCAACUUUCCCGAGAGCCCUGACUCAUGGGCUCAGGGUACCAGUACACAGGCCACAGCGGCCUGCUGUGUGCGUGUACUGCUGGCUCUGUGUUCCGGGGACACUUGAACUUCAGUGUGCUGACAAUAAACGCCCAAUUUAAAAUCA